CCUCCGCUCCGCUUCGCCAUUGUGCGUGGAGCCCAGUGAGCGUUGAGGUCGAGGCUGCCGCUGGGGGGCGGGGGGGGGACGACGGCGGAGAAUUAACAAACAAACAAACGGACUAACGGCCACAUUAUCCUCCAUCUUCGUCUCCUUCUCCUUCCUCUUCCUCCCAAACCGUCCGCCGCUUCCCGCUCCUGGCCUCACCGACGACACCCAUGCAGCAGAGGAGACCCCGGACGGGACUAGCUACAUGUGAUUCAUGUUGGGUAACGGGGUGAAGCGGAAACUGGAAGAGGAUGAGGACGCCGCGGAGGAAGAGCGGAGCCCCCCGGUGGCCGGCGGCGCGUCCUACACGCUGCAGCGCCAGGCGGUGCUCAACGCGUCGCUCCUGAAGCUGUACGGCCCGCGGAGCGGCGCCGGCCACGGCCUGCAGCGCCGCGUCCUCAUCAACAACGUCAUCCGCCGCAUCCACGACGACUUCCGGCGGGAGGGAGGCGUCGGCGCCCUCUUCUUCUCGCCGCCGGCGGAAGCGACGGGCGAGGACGAGGCCUACCGACAGGCUCCGCCUCCGCCCGCCUCGUCCUUCGGCAUCCUGUCGUCGUCAUCGCUGUCGGGCCCGGCGCCGCCGGAGUCCUGCCUGACUCCGGCGGCGCUGCUGGACGAGGACCUGCCCAUGUUCUUCACGCUGCCGCCAUCCUCCUCCUCCUCCUCCUCCUCCUCCUCCCACUCCCCUCAGCCGCCGGCCUCGCCGUCGCCCACAGACAGCUUCUCCUCGGCCCUGGAGGAGAUCGAGGAGCUCUGCCCCUCCUCUUCCUCCUCCUCUUCCUCGGGCCCUCCGUCUCCCCCUCCUGCUCAGGUUCAGUUUGACGUCGUCAUGAAGGAGGAGGUGGAGAGCAGGUUGGAGAAACCUCCUCCUCCUCUUCCUCCUCUUCCUCCCUCCCCGUCCUCCUUCCUGACGGACUUCGCCCUGGACGACGUCCUCUUCACGGACAUCGACACGUCCAUGUACGACCUCGGCCCCUGCCCGCCGCCGUCCAAGAUGGCGGACGACCUCGUGUGGUCGAUGGCGGGGUACGGCGUGGCGGCGGCGGGAGGGGGCGGCGCCCAGAACCAGCCCUUCAAAAUGGACCUGGCAGAGCUGGACCACAUCAUGGAGGUGCUGGUGGGCAGCUGAGGCACGCGGCGCUCCGUCUCUUUUUUACAAACCUUUUCUUGUACCGUUUUUAAAGUCACGCCGCUUUUAUUGUGGCGGGUUCAAAGCUGCUGCGGCGCGUCGAGGGUUAACUCCUCACGGACGUGGCUCCUCCAGGUUUCUGAGAACGAGGAGGGAGAACCCGUUCUACGGCCUCGAGGCUGCGGGCGGAGAAACAUCCGGAAAGGAAAGUUCACUCGGCCGAGUCGUCACUGAUCCGAUAGCAUCGAUGCUAACACGCGAGCCGUGCUAACACGUGAGCUAACGGGUUUGACCGUCGGUACACACGCAGCAGCUUUAGUCCAGCGUCGUCUUCCUCCUCGUCUUCCUCGGUAACGCCGGCGUUGAAGCUCCGCCCGGGUUUUUUUUUUUUUAUACCGCCGUCCGACAAAUUGUAAGAAACAAAAAAGUAUUUUCUACCGUCGUCGGUUCAAGAGAAGAAGAACAGAGAAACUCAUCAGCAUUUAGGGGGAAAGAACAUAAACAAUCCAGUGCCUUGAAAAAAUAAUCAAAACCUCGAACGUCCCGUGUCCCGUAACUCCUCCGGUCUCCGUUCACUUUAAUAACCUCAAUUUCAUCUUUUAACGCCAUUUAAAAAUCCUGCCAAAAGGCUUUUAUUUUGUUAACAAAGAACUCAACGUGUGACUGUUUAUUUAAAUUGGAAACACCAAACACACGUUCAAUUUAAGGUUUGCUUUGUUCUUUUCGUUAUAUUUGAUAAAAAACAACUUAUUUGGCAUAAUUGUUUUGUUGUUAAAACUUAAAAAAGAGGAGAACGUCUCAUCGGUCGAGUUGAAACCACGUUGUCAAGAAUAUUUUAGUCUUUUAUUUUGUUGAUAAAAGUUUCAGACGACAAACUUCAGACGUUUUCCUUAAUUUGAGCCGACAGCCAAUCAAACGGCUCCGUUAGCUGAGCAUGAAGCUCACAGAUACGCUUUCCGUUUUAAUGUUGAUGCAGGAAUGUUUUUAGAAGUCGUCUCAGUCCGAUCCCUCGAGGUUUACACAUCUUUACUUUUAACUCGACCGAUGAAACGUCUCCUGACUCGUUGAAGAGCGUAAAUACUUUAUAGUGACUUUAAUCACCGCGGCGACGCCCCCCCACAGAGUGGUGACCUCAGAUCUGUGUAUUUAUUGUAACUCAUGACACUAAAACUUUGUUUUGUACAAAACAUAAAUAUGUAUUCUUUGAAAGGAUUGAAUGACUUCCUGAGUCACGGGGAGCCGUCAUUUAAUAAAUGACUGGUUUUGUUAAUACUAUGUACAAUAUUUUAGGAUUUCAGCAAUGCAAACAGCCUCAAUUCAAUGUGUGUGUGUGUGUGUGUGUGAGAAAGUUAUGUGUGGAUAAACACUGGGCCUGUUUAUUUUAUUUGUUACUUUUUUCUGAACUCCAAAACCCUUAUUUGUUUGUUUGUUUGUUUGUUUUUUUAUUUGUUGUUUGUUUGUCUCCCCCUGGUGGUCACGAGUCUGUGUGUGGACGUCCUCUCCGUCUUCAAUGGUUCUGAUCGAUCAGACCGGGAUCGAUCAUGUCCUGAUACACAAAUACUCAAUAACCUCUGUCUCCACCUGCUGGACAGAUGAUGUAACUUCACCUCUGUCUCCGCCUGCUGGACAGAUGAUGUAACUUCACCUCUGUCUCCACCUGCUGGACAGAUGAUGGAACUUCACCUAUGUCUCCACCUGCUGGACAGAUGAUGUAACUGCAGGUGUUUUCUUGAAUACAGAAUGGUUCAUCUUCAUACAUUAUGUUUUUAUGAUACAUGCAUCUAUAUAAUUCACAGUUGGUACAAGUUUUCAUACUGUUUAUUUUUUUUAUUUUAACUUCACACAUGUCUUUAUGAUUUAAUUAUCGUCUGUUAAGUUUUCUAAAAAUCUUCCUGGAGUCGUUUCGCCGCCAUUUACAAUUUAUUUAAACUAUUUUGUACACGGCCGUGAAUCAUUACGAAGUGAAGAACUAUUGGGACAUGAUCAACACAAGAUCAAUACAAACGGAUAAAAGAUACAUUUUAUUAUGUGGGGCUGUUUUUGAAUCCACUGGAUCCAAAAAAUAUAGUUUCACUGUAAAAUCCACAAAAAGAAAGACACUGAUUGGACGAACCGAAACCUAAAUCCAGGUGUUUUUAUAUUGAACAACUGUCUCCAGGUGUUUUUGUUUCCGUCUCAAAAACAAAAGAUUGUCAAACAGAAACUUUCCUCAUCAAACCAAAUGUUUUUAUUUCUUGUAGAUUGUUUUUCUCUGUUUUUCUGGACAUUAAAAAAAGGGGGAGGAGUUAGUCGUGAGAUGACUCUGUGCCUUGUCCUAUGCAAUACGACAUUUUUAAUUAUAUUUUAAUGUGUACAAUGAGGAUUCAGCUCUUAAGUAAUUUUAUUUUCUACAUUAAAUGGGAAUUAUCCCAACUUUGUCUUCUUCUCCGUCUUUAAUUUAUUAUCUUUGUCUUCUGGAAGAAUAUUCUUUAACCAGUUAAAGGGACAGUACACCCCAAAAUAACACGUGAAAUAAAUCACUUAAGAGUGAAGACAGAAACAUAAUAUGGAUAUAUCCAUAUAUCUGGAUAUAUAGACCACCUUUUCUAUUUCUGCACUCUUAUAGUUUUGACCCGAAAUAUUUGGGCUGCAACAAAUCAGUUAUUUUCACUGUCGAUUGACGUGUCAAUUAUUUUUACCGUUCAUUUGUUUUGCCUCAAAUGUCAUAAAAUAAUAAAACUCGUCUUCAAAUGUC